AUGGCUCCGUCUGCCGUUGUCAGUGACACCGAGUCCAUCGAGGCCCGCGCCGCCGCCAUCGUCCCCAAAGAGGUGUCGCACACCAAGCACGGCCAUGAGCUCGCCAACAAGACGCCUUUGCAGGCCAUGUCCCACGGCGAUGUCGCUCUCGCCGGUAUCCCCAAGUUCCCCGACUUCGCCUCCCAGCGCCAAUGGCAACUCGAACACAUGGCAGCCGCUUUCCGCCACUGGUACCGCGAGGACUACAUCGAGGGCAUGAGCGGCCACAUCUCCGUCAGGGAUCCCGAGCACCACGACGCCUUCUGGACGAACCCUCUCGGCAAGCAUUUUGGUCUGCUCAAGGCCAGCGACAUGAUUCUCGUCAACCUCGACGGUGAGGUGAUCGGCGGCAACCGCAGCAAGCCUCCCAACACUGCUGGCUUCUUGAUCCACGCUGCCGUACACAAGGCUCGCCCCGACGUUCAUGCCGUGUGCCACAACCACAGCAUCCACGGCAAGGCCUGGCUGGAGAUGCUGACCCAGGACUCCUGCAAGUUCCUUGGCGAAGCGCACAGCGUCUACAACAGCUACGGCGGUGUCGUUCUGGGUCCCGAGGAGGGUGAGCUGAUCGCUCAGGCACUGGGUCCCAAGGGCAAGGGCUGCAUUCUGCGGAACCAUGGUCUGUUGACGGUUGGACGCACCGUUGAUGAGGCCGCCUUUUUGUACACCUCCAUGGAGCGCAGCUGCCGCGUGCAGCUCCUGGCCGAGGCUGCCGGCGCCAACGGGUUGGCCAAGGUUCCCAUCACUGAUGAGGAGGCACAGUUCAACUUUGACGUUGAGAGUGACCCAGAGAUUUGCUACUGCGAAUUCCAAGUCUACUACGACCUGGAGGACGAGUUGACAAACGGUGCCUUCAAGAACUGA